AUGCCGCGGGAACAGCCGCAGGCAGGGGCUCACACUGUCCACCACAGGCUCCGCUCCAUCAGCCCUGCACGGCCAGCCGCGCUGAGCACAGACCCCACGGUGCUGGGCAAGUACCGCGCCGGCUUCAGCGAGUGCAUGAACGAGGUGACGCGGUUCCUCUCCACCUGCGAGGGUGUGAACACUGAGGUGCGCACCCGGCUCCUGGGCCACCUCGCCAGCUGCAUGACCCAGAUCAACGCCAUGAACUACCCUGCGCACCCCCCGCCGCCCCCGCUGCCACCACCCACAGCCUUUGGGCCACCUCUGGUGCCACCGGGCAGCGGUGCGGGGCCGCUCCCGGGCCUGCCCUGCAAACCAGGUGCCGAUGCGGCCAAGGUGUACGGCGGUUUCCAGCUCCUGCCAGCCUCCGACGGGCAAUCGCCACCUGGCACGGCCGACUCGGUCUGGAGACCCUGGUGA